CCCGCCACCCCUCUACCCCUCUGUUAAGCCACUUACUGCGGUGGCUCAAGGCCACCUCUCUCGCGAGCCUGGGGGCAGGGCCUGUGUCUGCCUCACCUCUGUGCCCCCAGAGCCUGGCUCAGGGGGCUCUGCAAAUAAAGCUUUCCUGGCUGAUCCUUCCUUUCCCUGACUAUUUGGUCUGGGUCUCUGCGUCUGCCUCUUUCUUGGUAGGAGCUCCUGUUUGCCUUCCAGCAGGAGGCCACGCUCACCAUGCGUCCACGGCUGCUGCUUUCUGCGGCUGUCUCUGGGGACCCGCACAUCAUCCAAACAGCUUAUGAUGUGCGCCUUCUGGGAAGGUGAGAGGGUGCUGCCUGGUGGGGCAGGAUGUUGGAGGGAAGGAGGCAGGUCAUGCUCAGAACGGCAGCACCUCUCAAGCCCUGCCUGUGAGUCCUCCAUGUACAGGUGCUGGUUGGGGGGGGCGGGCCGCUGAGGGGCAUGGGUGGGGACAAAGGUUAGCUCCACAUAGUCUGGGCUUUCUUUAGGACAUCAGAGGCGGUCCCCAUAAUCACAUCGUCUUGGGUAGGGCAUUCUGCAAAGCCCUUUGCUGGGGCUCACGAGAAAGCGUCCCACGGGCCUGGCCUCUGCCAUGCCAGGGGACAGCGGUAGACAUACGCUGUGUGGCCCAUGGCUGGCAUCAGAGGCAGAUGAUUAAUCAACCACUGCCACAAAUACAAAAAUAGGCAUGCGCAGCCAGGCCUAGCUUUCUGAGCACGGGUGUCUGUGCAGAAGUUACAAAGCCGAACGAAGAAUAGCUCGUAACUCUUUCUGGACAUGCCAGCUCUGGGCUAAUUUUCUCCAACCUCAAGAAUGGAGUGUUUACAGAUGAGGAGCGGAGGCCGAUGCGGAACGGAAGAGGGGACGGGGUGUUUCUGCGUGUGAUUACACCAGGGGGCCGGGGUUCAGUGUCGGGGAAAAAGGGGAGAGGCCCCAUGGGGCAUAGAGUUUGUCAGCUUUGGUCUUAAUAGCAGGCAGGACUGAGGGAGUCCCACCGUCUGCCGGCUGGGUGACCUUAGGCAGGUUAGUGAGCCUGUCAGGGCCUCAAUGUCUUCCGCUCUAAAAUGGACACUGCUGUGGCGCUGAGGCCAUUGGCCACAUUAAAAUUAAAUGAUGGAAUCCUUGUACACCUUUACGCCUGUGACCCGGUAAGUGCUUACUGACACUGGUUCAUUCUGAAAGCGCUCUGGAAGACGUGGUUUCGCUGGUGCCUUGAGUGGUGGAAGGACAGAAGCUCUUUAGCUGCUGUGAGUACCACCUUCCUCAUGACAAUUUACACAACCUGUUAGCACUUGCGUCAGGCACGAACGUGUUUCCUUUUUUAAGUUUUUUAGAAAGUUUUAUGUAUUUAUUUGAGAGAGAGAGCGCGCAAGCACGAGCACGAGCAGGGGGAAGGGGCAGAGGGAGAGAAGCAGACUCCCCGCCGAGCAAGGAGCCCGAUGUGGGGCGCGAUCCCAGGACCCCAAGAUCAUGACCUGAGCCAAAGACAGAUGCUUAACCGGCUGAGCCGCCCAGGCGCCCUACAAAUGUGUUUUCUUGUCUGACUCCUGCCUACCUCCAUGGAAGCUCUCAGGAUGGCAUGGGACCUGAGGCAUGGCUGUUCCUGACCAGCAGUUUGCUGCGGUGGCACAUCUCAAGUAGGCAGCUUGGGUGGCCAGCACACAGCUAGUUAGCCAGUUAGUCCUCUGGUGAUCUGACUUGAAAAUCUAGUUAGCCGAAUCUGCAGAUCUCCUCCUCUCGCCCUCACAGACUCCUGGAUUUCAUCAACGUCUUGUCUUAUGACUUUCAUGGAAGCUGGGAAAUGUUCACAGGGCACAAUAGUCCCCUGUUCUCUCUGUCUGGAGACCCCAGCUCUUCGGCAUAUGCCAUGAAUUACUGGCGUAAGCUGGGGGCACCCCCAGAGAAGCUCCUCAUGGGAUUCCCCACCUAUGGACGUACCUUUCGCCUCCUCAAAACCUCUAAGAAUGGACUGCAGGCCAAAGCUGUGGGACCUGCGUCUCCGGGAAAGUACACCAAGCAAGCUGGCUUCUUGGCUUAUUAUGAGAUUUGCUCCUUUCUCCAGAGAGCAACAAAGCGCUGGAUUGAUUUUCAGCAUGUUCCAUAUGCCUACAAGGGGAAGGAGUGGGUUGGCUAUGAUGAUGCCACCAGCUUCAGUUACAAGAAUCAUUCUGAAGAAAGGCAAGUCCAUCCGCCAGGUAAUGGAAGAGCGGGGUGUAUUAGAGACAUUCCUGAAGAACCACCCAAAGGUUGAUCCAGCCGCCAAGUAUCUUUACAAUAAUGAUGCUGUUGCUUAUGAACCUUUCACCAAUUACCUGAAUUCCUACUACUUUGGAGAGAUCAGCAUUGGGACACCGCCACAAAAUUUCCUGGUCCUCUUUGACACAGGCUCCUCCAACCUGUGGGUGCCCUCCACCUACUGCCAGAGCCAGGCCUGCUCCAGUCACAACAGGUUCAACCCCAGCAGUUCCUCUACCUACAGAAACAAUGGGCAAACCUAUACACUGUAUUAUGGAAGUGGCAGCCUGACUGUGCUCCUGGGAUAUGACACUGUUAAUGUUCAGAACAUCGUCAUCAAUAACCAGCUAUUUGGUCUGAGUGAGAUUGAGCCCAGCAAUCCCUUCUAUUAUGCAAACUUUGAUGGUAUUCUGGGAAUGGCCUACCCCAACCUGGCAGUGGGGAAUGCCCAAACAGUCAUGCAGAGCAUGGUGCAGCAAGGCCAGCUCACCCAGCCCAUCUUCAGUUUCUACUUCUCUCGCCAACCAACCUAUAAGUAUGGUGGGGAGCUCAUCUUGGGAGGUGUGGACUCCCAAUUUUAUUCUGGUGAGAUCGUCUGGACUCCUGUCACCCGGGAAAUGUACUGGCAGAUUGCCAUCGAUGAGUUUCUCAUCGGUACCCAGGCCACUGGCUUGUGCUUCCAAGGCUGCCAGGCCGUUGUGGAUACAGGGACCUAUGUGCUAGCUGUUCCCCAGCAGUUCAUGAGCUCCUUCCUGCAGGCAACCAGAGCCCAGGAGGCUCAGAAUGGUGAUUAUGUGGUCAACUGCAGCUCCCUACAGAGCAUGCCCACCAUUACCUUCGUCAUCAGCGGGACCCAAUUACCUCUGCCUCCCUCUGCCUAUGUCUUCAACAAUAAUGGCUACUGCACGCUUGGGAUUGAGGCCACUUACCUGCCCUCCCCCACUGGGCAGCCCCUGUGGAUUCUGGGAGAUGUUUUCCUCAAGGAAUAUUACACUGUCUACGACAUUGGGAACAACAGGAUGGGUUUUGCUGUCUCUAACUAGACUAGCAAGAGGCAGCUGUCUCCACCCUCCCAGCAGAACUCUGGGAUUGCCCUACUGUUUCUCUGGGCUGACAGCAGCAUUUUAGACUAGUCUGAUCCCUCUGUGCACUAGAAUCUUACUUCCUGCAACUAAUAAAUCAAGAAUCUCCAAA